AUGGACCACAUUCAAACCGUAUCCAGGGUCAUCGAACAUUGUUGGGAAUACCACUUGCCUCUAGUCCCAACCUUUGUCGACUAUGAGAAAGCGUUUGAGAGUGUCGAAACGAAUGCAAUUCUACCAGCGCUCGUCGACCAAGGCGUUGACCCGUCCUACAUAAGAACUCUGUCCGACUGUUCGCGGAACUGCACUACAAAAAUACAGUUUUCCCAUCGAUCUCUUACAAUACCAAUAGGAAAAGGGGUUCGACAGGGCAACACAAUAUCGCCAAAGCUGUUCAGUGCCGCACCGCAGUGGAUAAUUGAGUCACUCGAUUGGGAUGAGAAAGGCAUAUGCAUUGAUGGAAAAUUCCUAUCAAGUCUUCGUUUUGCCGACGACACUGUCAUCUUCUCAAAAAGUACUGGCGAAGCAGAGAUAAUGACCAACCAGUUCAGCGUAAACGGGGAAAAAGAUAGGACUGCGCAUAAAUCGAAAGAAGACCCAGUUCAUGAAAGACACGUGGUGUGA